UAUAAAGUCCCAUUUUGAAACACAAUGUCAAAUGAAGCCAGUUCGGGGCAGAAGCUUUCUACAACAACUGUCAGUUCGGUUGCUGUUCAUGCCGGGAAUGCCAGUAUCGUUAUAGCUGUACUUAAGUGUGGAAAAUGGGUGAAGCUUCAGCUGGCUGAAUCAACACCAAAUUUAUUAGAAAUUGGCAGCAAUCAAGAUGAGACUAAAAAACUACUACGAGAUCACGAACUCCUCCUAACUAAACUUAAGGCUUUGGAAGACCAAGUGUGGGACCUGCUGCAUGAAGCAGACAGGGCUGCAGAGGAGAACAAAGACAAGAGUCAGGUGUAUGAUGCCAUGGCAGAGACACUCGGAGAUGCAUGGGAUGCCCUCAUCAUUAUGUUAGAGAAGCGACAGGCACUUCUGGAACUUACUUCACUGUUCUUUGAAAAUGCUCUGGAGUUUGCUGUUAAAAUUGACCAAGUUGAAGAUUUCUUAAAAAAUGCUCAAGAAUUCGACAAUAUUGACACUUUGAGAGAACUCCUCCUGCAACAAGAGCAUCACACAAAAGAGCUCUUGGAAAAGUCGCUUACACUUCUAAACAAAAGCCAAGAGCUAACUGAAUUUAUAGAAGGAUUCAAACGUGAGGGGCUAAAUGCAAAUCCUGAGCUGAUUCAGGGAGCCCAUAGCAGCUGCUUGAAAAUUGACAAUCUCCUUGAACUGCUACAAGACAGGCGGCGGCAACUGGACAGAUUUCUUAAACAUCAGCGCCAAGGACUGGAGCAGGUUCUCCAAAUUUGUUUGUGGCAUCAACAAGAGAACAAGGUAACAUCUUGGUACAAGAAGAACAUCAGAGAUUAUGUACACAAGCAAAACCUAGGCUCGUCUUUAUUGGAAAAUGAAGAGUUACUUCAAGAGCAUAAAGAAAUGGAAGUCAAAGUGAAAGAAUGGAACUCCACUGUGGAACAAUUAGAGGCUGAAGCACUUAAGAUUUUGCUUUUGGAGGACUAUACAGAAAAAGAACAUCUAAACCUCACAAAUCAGAAAAUCUGUCUGUUGCAAGAAGAAGUGUGCUGCCAUAUGGAAGAAAGGAAAGCCCUGCUACAAGAGGCCAAUGACUUUUUUAAUGCUGCUGGCAAGGCACUUGAUGCUCUUGAAGGUAUUGAGAAUUACCUUAGAAUCCUUAAUUCAGAAGGCUUAAGUCUGCCUGUCUUGGCAAUGAAGUACGAGGAAUUAAAGGAAGAAAUUAAAGGCUGCACAGCAAGUACUUUGCGAAAAGGACAAACUUUAGUUAAUAAAGCAGAUUCUCACAGCUCUUGGGUAACAGAAAUUCAGAAAAUCAUAGAGUAUGUUCAAAAAAAAGUGGAUCAAUUACUCAGGCAGUGUCCAGAUUAUAAAGAACUUACUUUGAAGAAACAGCAAUGGAGUACCUCACUUGAAGAUCAUCUAAAUAUGGUAUCACAGUCGAUUAAAAAAAUCACCCCGAAGCUUGCAGUUGGUGUGGAGAUUGAUUCCUGUUUGUCUGAGUCAGAAAGAAUUUUGAACAAAUACCUGGAACUGGCUAAUCAAAUGAAGGAAGCUUCACAUGAACUGGAAGCAGCUAAGGGAAUCAUCAAAGAUAUGGAAGAGUUUGAACCCGAGCAAGUGGCAGCUUUUUCUAGCAAAACUGACUUUCUGAAUGAAGAACUGAAAAAAAUUGAAAGAAAUAUUAAUUCAAAACUGAAAAUCCUAACAACUUAUGUAAACUUUUUAAAGUCAGCAGUGGAGGUGAAUGACCAUAUUCAAAAUCUGAAGGAAUUUUAUCAAGCAGAACCACUACAAACAAGCAGGGAGGUUGAAAAUAAAAGUGCAAUAGAGUCAGCUAAUACCAAGUGGCAAAAGACUAUAAAGAUGAUUUUUUCCACUGAAAAUUUGGGUCACAAUUUCCUUAAUUUAGCAAAUAUGGCAAAUGAGAGCUUAAUAUUAAAAGCAGAAAAAACUGUACAAGUAACAGAAGAUACCAUUAUUAAUCUGAGUAAAGGAAAGAAAGAGCUGACUGAUCUUUGGGCAAUCUGGAAUUUUAAAAUUAAUCAAGUAAAACCCAUCAAGCAACAGUGCUUGAUAUUUAAAGAACAACUAACUAAGACUACCCAUGGGCUGAAGAUUCUUCAAGAGGCUCUCAGACUUAUAUCAACAGUUGAUCUUGGAAGCGACCUUUGUAUUGCCUUAGAACUACAAAAGCUUAACCAAAUAAAACCACAGUUUCAGCAACUGAAUGCUGAACUUGAGUACAUGAUAAAAGUAUUAGAAUCGCCAAGUCAGAAAGGAUUUCCUGUGAAAGAGAAUUCUGAGAGAAUAAGUGAGCUUAUUCAUCUACAUCAAAUGGUAAAGAGCAUGAUGGCAGAAUAUGAUGAGAUUUUCAACAAAACAGUUAAAUUCCAUCAUGUUAAAAAAGAACUGGAAUGUUUAUCAAAAUCAGGAGAACUGGAUAUUCCUGAAAUAACUGAGGGCCCUGAAGAUGUACACCAUGCUAAAGCCUACCUUUUGAAUGCUCAGAAGAAACAUACACAUAUCAGACAGCUUUAUAAACUGGUUAUUACCCAGGGAGUGGAUAUCUUGUCUGCAGUACAGCAAACUAAUUGCUUGAAUGUUUCUGUAAAGAAUCUGAAGCAAGAACUUGCUAGACUUGAGUGCGACAGCAUUAACUGGAGUUCCAAAGCAGAUAAAUAUGAGAAAGAACUGUCACAGCAUUUCCAAUACUGUACCAAUCAAGAGGGGAUAAAUGAGCUCAGAGAAUCAUUUAAGGAUCUCAAAAAGAAAUUCAACAAUUUGAAGUUUAACUAUACCAAGAAAACUGAAAAAGCUAGAAAUUUGAAAGUGCUUAAAAUAAAUAUUCAGCAAGUUGAUACAUAUGCUGAGAAAAUACAGGUGCUUAAAAAGAAGAUGGAUAAUUUAGAGAAGAAAUUCAUUGACUCUGCAGCAAAUGAACUUAAUGGUAGAGUCCUCUUGGGGUCAAUUAAUGAGUUACAAAAACAGUUGAGUGACUUUGGCAAAGUUGUGGAGGAUUACAGUCAAAAUCUGAAUCUCAUGGAACAUCUGCAACAGAUGAUGGAAGAGUGUCAAUUUUGCUUUGAAGAUGUGAGUGCAACAGUCGUUAGAGUUGGCAAGUAUUCUGCAGAAUGCAAAACAAGAGAAGCAAUAGAGACUCUCUACAAGCAAUUCAAUAAGUUUAUUGAGUCUACAGUGCCUCAACAAGAAGAAAAAGUUCAGCAGAUUAUAGACUUGGCUAAACAGUUAUAUGGUUUUGAAGAAGGAAAGAAGUAUGUUGAAAAAUCUGUAUCAAAGUACAAAGAAAUUCUUAAUUCUGUUGAUGAGUUGUGUAGAUCUCUGAGAGAAUUUAAGGAGAUUCAGAAAGAUGAGUUUGCUGAAGAGUUGGUUACUGUGCAAAAAGAAGAAAGAAAUAGCCAAGAUGCAUGUGAGGCUGUUAUAGAUGAAGCAGAGGAAAAAAAGCAGCGGAUGGGAUCAGAUAUAUUGCUUACAAAUUCAAAAAGCGUUAGUGAGAAGAGAAAGAGCAUGUCUCCUACCAACACUAAACAGGAGAGGAAUAUUGAUAUUCCAAUUAUCUGCCCAGCUGGUAAGGAUCUUGUUUCACAGGAUACAGAGCUGUCAUCUUCAGCCAAAGAGAAGAGCUCACAGACUGAGUUCCUGGCAGAAGAAAUACCCUCUGGAGAUGAAUAUGAGUGUAUAUCACCUGAUGAUAUCUCUUUGCCACCACUUUCUGAGACACCAGAAUCCAACGUCUUAUUUUCUGAAACAGAGCUAGAAGAGCAGUGCUGUUGUAGUUCUCAUAAUCCGCAUGCCAGUUCCUAUAGCUUGCAAAUACAGAAAAACACUAUUGGUAAAAAGUUGAUGGAAGCAUCUGAUCUCUUAACAAAUUCUGCUUAUGCUGAUGCUACAAAUAUUAGAAUGGAAAUUCCAUCUGAUCAGUUUGAGAAGUUUUAUAUCUCUUCAGCAGAUUUUGAUCCAAAAGUCAGAGCAGAAGCUCCUUUGGCUUAUAGUUUACGAGCAGUAUCUGAGGCUAGCACUGCUUCCUGCACAGUGAAUGCCAAACCAGUAUAUAGCAUGAGGAGUGAAGUGUGCAAAACACAUUUGCAACACCUUGAACUUUGUAAAAGCAUGGCAGAAGCACAAGAACAAUUGCAUGACUUGAAUAACUGUACUAAAACCCAGGACAGGCUGCAUGCUUUGCCUGAUGCAUUCUCAGGUUUCAUGUUUCAAUCAGACGCCACCAGAAGCUGUCAGAGGCAGAUGGUUACCCGAGAAGAGAUUAAAAGUGCAUCAGAAAAGAACAGCAUGGCCAGCCUAACUGGACAGGCGCCUAACUUCUCCCAGCUUCUGUCUAAUGUAACCGUCAUGGAAGGUUCUCCAGUAACCUUGGAAGUAGAAGUAACAGGAUUCCCAGAGCCUACACUGACAUGGUACAAGAAGGGCCAGAAACUGACUGCAGAUGAGCACUUAAAGCUUUUACAAAAGGAGACAAAGCAUACUUUACUCAUUCAGAAGGUGUGUGAUAAAGAUGCUGGCCUCUAUGUUGUUCGGGCUAAAAAUUCUAGUGGCACCAUAUCAUCAAGUGCCAUUCUCCACGUGAAAGUACAGGGAAAACAGCCAAACUUCAUACAAAAAUUUGGACAUACAACUCUACAAGAAGGAGAAGAUUUAAUCCUGCAUUGCACUAUACAUGGAAAGCCCAAACCCCACGUCUGCUGGACUAAGGAUGAUAUCCAAGUGGUAGCUGGAGAUAUCAGUAUUGAGAAAUUAGGAGAUACCUAUUACCUCUUAAAAAGAAAUGUAGUCCUUGCUGAUACUGGGAAAUAUAUCUGUGUUGCCAGCAAUGAAGUUGGGAAGGCACACUGUUCUGCUGUUGUAACAGUGAUAGAGAAAAAUAAAACCCCAGAAAUUUCCACCGUAACUCAGACUAAAUCAGAAUGGAAAGAUGGAUAUUUUUCAGAAAAAGUGAAUGUCACCACAGGUGAACUACUACAAACCCAGGACACGUUUUAUGUGAGAGAUCAAAGGCCACUCACUAAACAUCUCCCAUUAAGGUUUAAAGAGAAACUCUGGCUUCAAGGAGUGUAUCUUGAACUUGUGAGGCCAACAGAGGUUAGCUUCAAUUUGGAACAUGAUCCUGUUCUUCUGCAUGCUUCAGAGGAUCAGAUGGACUGAACUGCAAAAU